UUGGGUUUUCACGAGAGAGAGAGAGAGACAGUCAGUCAGUCCAGGUCUAACCGAGGCGCUAGACGUCAAGAGGCGGAUUAAGGGCAGGGCAUUGCGCCUUAUCCCUUGGAGAGCCUGGCAGGGAUACGGACGCGGGGCGCUGGGGGGAAAGGAAGGCCAGAGGAAGAGGAGGAAGAAGAGGAAGAAUAAGCGGCUGGGCUAUUGCUGUUGGUUUCCAUGAAGCGCAGCUAAAGCAACGCCGGGCGCCCGAAAAAGGGGGACGGAGGUCAGAUAGUGUUGAUAUGGAUGCUUUGGGCAGCCUAGAGACAAAGUGGAUGCCAGUGAUGGCUAUGUAAACAACAACUCUGCAAAGCCUCUGAAUCCCUUAAAAUGGAGGAACUGUAUAAGGACACACAAAACCUACCCAUGGAUGUUACAAACUCUCCUUCAACUAUGGCUAACAACAAGCUGGAAAAUGGAGUUGCCCAGCUGAUAACUGCAGAAGCAUGGAAUAUAAACUCGUCUGACUUGAUGAAGAAAGCACUUUCGCCUUUGGUAUCAGUCCCUACUCCAUCAAUAUUAACCCCGCCAGCUGAAUCCCAAAGUGGGGUAGCUCUCAAAGUAGCUGCCACUGUACUCCAGCCCAUUUGCUUAGGGGACAGUCCAGUAGUUCUGCCAAUACAUCUGCAAGUAGCUGGGAGUACUUCUCCUCAGAUUGCUCCUAACAGUAACACUCCAUAUGUCAUGACCACUCAAGGCCCAGUCCCACUGCCUCUCCUCCUAGAGCAACAUGUCUUUCAACAUUUAAAUUCUCCCCUAGUUUUAUCUCAGAGCUCUCCCUGUGCUACCAAUGCUAUGCACAACAAUAUCUUCCAGGGCUCCUCUUCCCCAAUGGGACAGCCACAACUCUUGGAUCAGAAACCAUCCAAUCCAGCUCAGGAGUCUGUCUUGCCUCCUGUGUUUCAGACACCAGGGUUUGCUGCCGUUCUGCAGGAUCUCUUUCCCUCACAAGGUGUCUUGGGCGCUUCACCCUAUCAGCCAUCCCCAGACUGCUCUUCUGUCCCACCACAACCCUUCAGCUCCCCUUUGUCUCCACUGGUUCCUCCAGCCACGCUCUUGGUACCAUACCCUGUGAUUGUUCCUCUGCCGGUCCCAGUCCCUGUGCCCAUCCCCAUCCCCAUCCCAGUUCCCCACAGUGCUGAAUCUAAAGUCAACCUGGACUGCUCCAAACUGGCAAGUUCUUUUGUUUUGCAUUCCUGUAAAGGCACCCAAACCCCCUUGGAGAAGGAAGAAAGUAAGCCAUUUGACUUCAUCCACCAUCGGGGGCUCUCCCAGCUGAGUCGCCACACUGUCAUUAAGAUGGGUAAUGAGAACGAGGUUCUUGACUUGUCCAUGAAACCAGCCCCUUUGGUUAAGGAAAGUGAGGAGAGUUCCCAGCCUUCACCUGAAGAAGGUGUUUUGGAUUUAUCCAUUCCCUCAUGUCGGAAAACGGGCAACACUGAAACAAGUACCAGUCACUUUGGGCCUAUCUUGGAGGGUCCUGCUCAUUCCACAACAAACAAACUUCCUACUGCUGUUUCUCCCUUCGUUCCUUCAAAACCUCAUGAGGGUCCACCCAAGGUUGCUGAGAACAGAGUGAUCAGCAGCGGUUCAUCUGAACACCUGAGACAGCCGCCAAAGUGGCUGGUGGAUCAGACUAAUAUUGCAACAUGUGAGCCCUCUGCUGCCAAUAACAUUGAAAUCGUAAGCACCUCACAGACUGCCAAAGUGAUAGUCUCUGUCAAAGAUGCAGUGCCUACUAUUUUCUGUGGCAAGAUUAAAGGCCUCUCGGGGGUCUCAACAAAAAACUUCUCCUUCAAAAGGGACAUGCCUCAGGACUCAGUUCUUCAGUGUUAUGAUGUGAAGAACCAGCCAGAAGCCCGGGAUACUGCAGAAGCUCUUCGGAAACCUAUAAAAAACAGAAACGUCAAGUUAAAGAAAAUGAACUCCCAGGAAAUACACAUUCUUCCAAUCAAAAAGCAGCGACUGGCAGCCUUUUUUCCAAGAAAAUAAUUUAUUAAGUUUUAGAACAUUUUGCAGUAUAAUUAUUAUGAAUAAAGAGAUGUACUUCAUUUUAAAUUACAUUUAAAUCUUUAAGCUAUCUCUUCUAAGUUAUUUGGUGGUGGGAGACUCUGGGGUGGGCUGGGCUAAAGAGAAGAAGACAACAGGGGAGACCAGGAUAUAUCUUCUCAUUGCAAUGACUCUCCCUAUAUUUCGUUCAAAUUUUCAUUACAAGUAAAUGAAAGGCAACAUAUUUUUCAAGUGGUAGCACGUUUUGCAGCUUUAAUGGGAUAUAAUGGAUGAGUGAUUCAGAGGGAUAAGAGCUAUUUUCACUGCCAUAAAGUGCUUUGAUUAUGUAAUGCUGAGAAAUGGUGAGUAGAAUGGACUUUUCAGAAUAAAUGUUUGUUAUGUGCUAAUUUGGUUUCAGUAUUUUGUACCCUUUUAAUUUGCACUUUUUGUCUGGAAAGGUUUGAUACCUGUCUGAAAACUCUAUUUAUGCUGGUAUUUAUAUUAGGGAGCCCCCGGUGGCGCAGUGUGUUAAAGCGCUGAGCUACUGAACUUGCAGACUGAAAGGUCGCAGGUUCGAAUCCGGGGAGUGGAAUGAGCACCUGCUGUUAGCUCCAGCUUCUGCCAACCUAGCAAUUCGAAAACAUGCAAAUGUGAGUAGAUCAAUAGGUAGCGCUCCGGCGGGAAGGUAACGGCGCUCCAUGCAGUCAUGCCGGCCACAUGACCUUGGAGGUGUCUACGGGCAACGCCAGCUCUUCGGCUUAAAAAUGGAGAUGAGCACCAACCCCCAGAGUCAGACACGACUGGACUUAACAUCAGGGGAAACCUUUACUUUUACCUUAUUUAUAUUAGGUCUGUUAGGUUUUAAAAUAAUCCAAAAUAAUUUGGAUUAUUUGGUUGUUUUCUAAUUUUCAGAAUAUUUUCACUUUUGAUUUUUUUUUUUUCAAAUUUUCAUUUUUAGAAUUCCUCACAAUGCACUUGAAGUAAAAAGAAUUCUAUAAUACAGUGUUGCCUCACUACUUCGAGGUUUACUUUUCGCACCCUCGCUGUUUCGCUGGUUUUUAAUAAACACGAAAAUAAUAAUAUUAUAAAUCCCUUAUAAAUAUCUCUUUUUCCUUCCUAAGGAGAAGCCUAAGGAAGGGAGAGAAAAGGGGGCUGAAGCAGCUUUGUUUUCGCCUCACAAGGCAGCGGCAGCAGCAGGAGCGCACAUAUGCGUGCUUGAGAGACGAGGAGGGGACAGAGACGCUACUUGAAAACAACACAUAGUGUCCCUACUUUGCGGAUUUUCACUUAUUGCGGGUGGUCCUGGAACGUAACCCCCACCAUAAGUGAGGGAACACUGUAUUGUAAUGCCAAUCUCCUUCAUUCAGUCCAUCAAGCCAUGGGCCUUGUUUUGAUAAGCUCUCAAAAAGGAAACUAAGAUCAUUUUCAAAAGAUUAAUAAAAUCAUAAUUAUCAAUUAAAUAAUAAACUAGAAUUUCAUUUCCUAGAGAAUAUGGCACAUAAUGUCCCCACUGCUAAAUAUGUCAUAAAAAUAUUCAUUUUGAUGUUUCUUACAUUUCUUAUGUCCAUUAAAUAGUAAGAUUUAUGGCCAAGAUAUUGCAUUAGUAGGUAUACAUUGUAGUUGCAUUACUAUAGCUGUCUCAGAAUGUUACCCCAAUAAACUCACCUUGUAAGCAGAACAGCCUCCAACACAGCCAUUUACCCGUUUUUAGAGAGUGAGAGAAUGAUUGUGGAUGCAUCCAUCUACUGUAUUUCUUUGAUGAGCUUUUUCACCCCAUAUAAAUUACUCUAAAAAUAGAAUGUGUCUUAGGAUCACAGGUGCUUAUAUAUAUCAAUGGUGUAUUAAAAUCAAAGAUAUAUGGACACAUGGGAAAGAGAACCAAGAACUCACAAGGACCUCAUAGCAUAUCCAGCAAUAGGAUGUGUCCCUUGCCAGUCUCCCCAUUCUUUGAAAAUGGGAUGCUGUGCUAGGGAGAUAGUUCCAUAGUUGUGAUGAACGUCUGAUCUCUGAGCUACACAAUAUCCAUAAAAGGGAAUUGUAUGCCUUAAGUCUGACCUACGCCAUCCUAAUUCACUAACAGGACACCAGCUAUGUAUUUCAUUAUAGCAAGAGUGAGCAGCUAUGAAAAGCUAAAGGGCCACAUUGUUCCUACAGGUGGCACACCCACCCCACACUCAACUCUGCAAAAAAUAAUAAUCAAAUGUUUUCCCACCAAAUGUCCUUUAGGGGACAGUUUCAUCAUGUUUUUUUUUUUGGGGGGGGGGGGAUUCCUGUACUAACCUACCAAUCAUACUAUCUGGGUUUUCAUGCUGGGAUGAUGGAUUGGAAGUACUGUUCUAUGGGUUUUUGGAAGUUGAUGCUUAUGGCUGGAUCUACACUGCCAUAUCAUCGAGUUUCAGAAUGCAGAUUAACUGGAUUAACUGCAUUGAACUGGAUAUGAUGGUGUAGAUGCUUUUCACCCUCUUACUCUCCAAGUAGUUGCCCAGCCCCCCUAAUCCUGAUUUACUAGGCAGCAAGACUUUGCUUUUCUGUCUGCAAGCAACAGGAGCCUGCUUUCCUGUCAGUAGGGAUUCAGAAGACUGAUAUUUCCAUCUGUCUCCUUUGAGUGAUCAUCACCAGUGUGACAGAAAGAAGAGAAUCCAGUCAUAAUUCCUUGAACUAGAGCAAAUGUCAGCCUGUGGCAUCCAAAUCAUCAGAAGAGCAGACCCUUGUUGCUUGCAGUCUCCUGUCUUUGAGUAGAAGAGAACACCUCUGCAGAUGGUCUAACUGCCACUGCCAGUUUUGCCCUACAUGACUGAACAACCUAGUGGGAGUUACUGAGAGGUUUAACUUGUACUUCUUCCAUUUCUGACUCUGGAGACUUUCCCUCCCUCUCCUCUAGGAGAGGAGAAUCCUGUAUACAUAUGUGUGUCGUUAGCUCAUAUGGAUUAUGUAUACAUAUGUGUAUAAACACUGAGCAAAGGAAAAUGAAGAGUGUGUAAACGAAAUCUUUAAAGGAAAGCUUUUGUUCUAAGCAAGCAAAAUUGUAUUAGGAAAAGAUACCUUGUACAUCUUCCUUCAGGUGUUACUUAAGAGUUACAAAAACAAUUUAAGUGACAUUCACCCUAGGUAAAAAGAAAUGUCAGCCCUAAUGUGACUAGCUGGACAUUCCCAUUCUACUCAUGAGACAGAGGGUGAUCUGGGUCUUGGAGGUUCAUGGGAAGUUGGGGGUCAGGACCCUUUUCUCCAGCCUAUGACUGACCAGACCUCUCUAAGGAAAGUGAGGCAGGCUGCACCCCACCACUUUCUCCAAUAAUCCCAAAGGUUCUGUGGGCGAGUCUCCUUUUCUAUUUCCAUACAUUUUGGCACCCCAGGUUUUAAUAACUUCACUUGGAAACAUUUUCACACUUUCCCCCAAGAUGGUUAUCCUCUCUGGGCAGUUUUUUUUCAUAAUUUCCAUAAUGUUGACCACCCCCAAUAAAUAACUUAAAACCAUCACAUCUACCUUUUUUUAAACUUGGAAGAGUGACUAAACUCCUCAGCAGUAUCAUCUAGAAAAUCAGAGUCCAUUAUCGUAAUGAGAUAAAGCAAUAUUUAGACUUUCAGUGAUUCAGCUUUCAGUUCUUGUGCAGUAUUCAGCAAUUGUCCAUUAACACCAUUAAGAUUUUCCUCUUCCUUUCUAGAAAAUUGAAAAUAUGUUAGAGGGUGGAUUUCUUCUGUGGAUAAUACUUGGUGAUGGAUUUGGCCACAGAUAUAUAUAGUUUGAAGUGUCAAAGCUAGUUUGGUAAAAUAAUAGUUCAAUAAUAUAAAUAUGUGUUCAUUUAAUUUAGAUAGGCAAAAUGAAGCUCUCAAAGGUUGUCAGACUGCAAUUGCCAUGGGUAUUUAUCCAGUUUGUUAAGAAUGCAGGGAAUUUCAGUUCAGCCUUUGAAAUGCUACAUUUUAUCUACCCUGAUCUAAAUGAAGCAUUAAUAGCAAAUGUGGGAGGGGGGAAGAAUGACUGGGUAUGUGUAAAUAUUGCAAGUGUGAGAAUCAUGCAAGUUGUCUAUGAUCUCAACACUUUCUCUCUUCCCCCCACCCCUGGCCUUGGAAAAACAGCAGCAAAUAAUGAGAGGAUUGCUGAAAUUGGAAAUAGACUUUGGGAUUUCUGUAGCCAACAGUGGGGUCUGUGAAAACUGGUGCUCUCUUUCUUGAAUUCUGCCCAUCACAAAUUACAAUUUUAUACAAAACAGGUAUACAAAUGUCUAACACUGAAUAAGUUUUAUUUGCAGCUUAGAAGAGAACAUAAGUUGAAAAUGAAUUAAAAAUAUAUUCUGUUACAAACACUGAAAUAAUUUGCUAUCAUGCUAUAAUACAAGGGUUGUGUUUCUGUAUGACAUUCUUGGUUCUUGUGUUGUUGGAUGUAUAUGAAGCAAUACAUAUUCUUUCAGUACUAACAAAUAAACCACACUGGCAAAAUGCA